AUGGCCGCACCACAGGACCGGGUCUUGCGGGGACCAAAGUACGACCUGGAACUGCCCGAGGUCACUCUGGGCAAAUACAUUUUCUCCGGAUUGCUGAAGCACGGCGACCACGUUGCACAGGUGUACCCUGGGGAGCCGGAGGUGCGGCUGUCGUUCCGGGAGCUGGCGAGGCGUUCGGCCUGCGUGGCCGAGGAGCUGCGCAUGCGAGGCGUGGGCCCCGGGGACGUGGUGGCGCUCGGCUGCCGCGUCGUGCCGCAGUUCGCGCCGCUCCUCAUAGGCACCCUCCUGAGGAAUGCCGUGCCAGCGCCCUUCAACCCAGAUCUCGACCAAGAGGAAUUAAAGAUGGUGGUGCAGCAGACCCUGAAGCCUAAGCUGUUGGUGAGCCAGGAGCCGGCGCUGUCGGCAGUGGGGGAAACAGCAGGGUGCCCCGUUCUGCCGCUGUCCCAGGUGGACGGCUGGCUGCAGCGAGACGCAGACCCGGAGCGGGCGCUGCAGGCGCUGUCCCCGCCAGACGCGGCCGGCUGGCUGGACUCGUGCGCCGCCAUCCUCUGCUCCUCCGGCACCACGGGGCCGCCCAAGGGCGUCAUGCUCUCACACCGGGGGCUGCUCACCUUGACUGUCGCCUUCGGGAAAAUGUUUGCACAGUUUGCCACAUCGAGUGACCGACGUCCAGAGGCCAUGAUAUCGACGUCGCCGACUUUCUGGGCGUCUGGGCUUGUAAUGCCAUUGUAUGCCCUUCACCUUGGGAAGACGGCCUGCAUACUUCCCAGCUUCGACGAGGAUACGGUAGCACGCGUCUUGGGCGAGUACAACAUUUCGAGCUUGUUCAUGCAUCCAAACUUGGCAGUGACUAUUGCCAAGAACCCACAAAGUCCCGUCCGAAAGAUGCUGCACCACAUCAAAAUCUUAACAGUUGGAGGGGCUGUAAUGGACGCAGAGACUCAGCUAUUCGUUGAAAAGGAGCUUGGGAAGCGGGUCAGCCAGGGGUAUGGCAUGACAGAAGCAAUUGUCGUCAUGGGUGCUCAACCCGGUAGUGAUCCUCCACCAGGUUCCUCUGGAAAACUCUUCUUCAACGUGGAGGCCAAGGUGGUGGACCUGGAGACGCAGGAGCCGGUGGGUCCCGAGCAGGAGGGCGAGCUGUGGGUGAAGUCCCCCGCGGCGGCGCUGGGCUACUGGAACAACCCGGAGGCGACUGCCGCUGCCUGGGACAAAGAAGGCUGGUUCCACACGGGGGACGUCAUGCGCUACGACCGCGACGGCUACUUCUACGUCGUGGACCGCGUCAAGCAGCUCAUCAAGUUCAGGGGACACCACGUGCUGUCGCCGCAGCUGGAGAACCUGCUGAUGUCGCACCCCAGUGUGCAGCUGGCCGCCGUGGUGGGGAAGCCGCACCCCACCGACCAGGAGCACCCCACCGCCUUUGUCGUGCUGCGGCCCGGAGCCUCCGCCACCACUGAGGAGCUGCAGCGGCUGGUAGAUGAUAAGGUGGCGGACCACAAGAAGCUGCGAGGCGGGGUAAGGAUCGUGGGGGAGCUGCCGCACACGGCCAGCGGCAAAGUGGCCAAGAGGGUCCUCAGGAGGUGGGCGGCGGGCGGCCAGUAGGAGCAGAGGCCACAUGUGCGCUCGUCCAACCCUCAAAGGGCUCUCUAAUGUCGAAGAAGCGUCAACGAAACCAAAGCUCACUCUUAAAGUUAAAUACUCCAUUUCUCUUCUUCGUAGUUUCAGUUUUCGUGUUGAACUACUUUGAUUCAUUAUAUUUUU